AUGGCUGCCUCAGGCUCAACUCCCACGAUCUCUGCUUUCCUCGUCCUCUUCGUGGCCGUCAUCACCGGCGGCUCCGUCGCCGUCGCGGCGAGCACGGCGCUGGACGAAGUGUGCGGCGGCCUGGGCGGCUACUACGUGACGCCGGAGCUCUGCGUGUCCGCGCUGUGCCCGGACCCGUCGUCGCCGUGCCGCGCCGCGCGCGACACGCCCGCGGUGGCGGCGAUCGCGGCCAGGCUCGCGGCGGCCAACGCCACCGCGGCCAGGGACAGCGUCGAGGCCGCGCUCUCGUCCUAUGCCGCUGCCACCGCGGGGGCCGCGGCGGCGGCCUUGCGGUCGUGCCUGCGGCUCUACGGCGGCGUCGUGCCGGCGCUGCAGUGGGCGGCGCGGUCCGCGGCCGCGGGGCGGCUCCCCGGCGCGAGGGAGGUGAUGCUGGCGGCGCAGUACGUGCCUGCCGGGUGCGACGGCAUGGCGGACGGCGCCGUGACGCUGCCCUCGGAGAACGACGGCUUCGCCACGAUGGUCACCGUCGCGCACGCCGUUCUCGCCACCCUGUCCAAGGGCUACUGA